GAAAGUGCCGCGUGGUAUCGAGCCCUGCAAAGCGACCAGUCGUCACCAGUGAUUCUCUAUUUCCACGGCGGCUCCUUUGUCAUGUGCACUCCUCACUGUAUGGCAUACAAACCGUGGAUAACAGAGCUGGCUCGCACUACUGACUCAUUUCUGUGUGCUCUAGACUACGACCGGCCGCCGGAGACAGGCCUCGCCACAGUCACCGAACAAGGAGUAGAGGCGUACACUUACCUUGUUAACGAGAUGGGUAUUGCUUCGGACCGUAUCGUCAUUUGUGGUGAUUCCGCUGGUGGCAACUUGGCACUCAGUGUCGCCCUAGCGAUCCGUGAUAGAAAGCUACCCCUAGCAGGGGGACUUGUUUUAUUGUCCCCUUGGGGCGACCUUAGUUUGACAGAAGACCAACUGCUCAGCGACAAUGCUUUUUACGACUUCCUCCCUAUUGAGCUCAUCUACAAAUUCGCUAAUUUCUGUGCUGAUGCCUCUGGGGAGCCGACUACAAGCCCUGUGGUUUCCCCAGCUCUGGCGAAGUCUCUCGAUCUCGGCAUUCCGAUAUACUGUACAUUCGGCGAAGUUGAGGUUCUGAGAUUCUCUAUUGAAGACCUCUGCAAACGAUUCAUCCGUGAGAACAGCAAGCCCGUAACGGUUCACAUGAUAAUGGACAUGCCCCAUGAUUGUUGCACACUGCUCGAGACCGGUCAAGGGACCAUCAAAGAGGCGAUAGCGGUUGUCGCUGGCAGAAUCAGAGAUAUGGUCAUCACUGCUGGCCCCGGGCCUAAUAUGAGAAUUCUCAAUCCUCCGGUUGGAAGGUCAUUCGCUGCACCUAUCUACGGUGUGAAUGACUUAGCCACCGUGUAGUCCACACAAAGUG